AUGAGCAAUUUAAGACCAGCCAAAGCUAUUUGUAAAUCAAAAAUGGAUAAUAUACAAAAGACAAAUCGAGUUGGAAGAAAACGUCGUUCUGUUGUUUUUGACGAGUCUGAUGAUCCUACGUCAUGCGAUGGGAAUUCAGAUGAGAAAACUGAUCAUCCUCUUGAGAAUAUGGAGGAGCUAGAUCCUGAUAAAUCGACCGGAAAUCAGCAUACGGAAACGGGACACACAAAUAAUGUACAUGUAACUAGACGUCGUGGAAGACCUGCUCGUCUUCAUCGUGUAUAUAGUAGUCGUGGUCGUGGUCGUCGUUCAACGAAAUUUCUGUCAGAGAAAGUUAGUCAUUGUGAUAAAACUGUUGAACCGAGCUUAGAAGUUACUUAUGCAUCUCCCGCAUCAGUAGAUAUGUCAUCGAUCAGUAAAUUGUGUGUUACUGUGGAUGUUCAUUAUGAUGAUGAAGUCGAACAGUUGCUUAGUCCUUUAAAUUAUCAAAGAACGCAAAGGAAAAACGGAGCGAAAUGACGCACAGUGGAGAAAACCUGUGAGUCAACUCGAUGUAAUCAAGCGUUAAUAGAUGUUCUUAGUCGGAUAGAUAAACGUUACAGACAAGUGAUGAAUAGAAUGAGAGGUGCACAUGUACGCUUACAUAGAAAGUCAAGGUUGGCAAGCGAAUAAUUGACAUGCUCGAAAUGUGACUCAAGAAUAGUGAAGAUUGACUUGUCUGGAAGUUAUAA